AGCUCUAUGAAAUUCAAGAUGGCCGACUUUACGUCUACGUAUACAUGUGCGUUUGCCUUUUUUUUUAUUUGUUGAAGCGCAAUAGAUGCACAGAGUAACAAACGAUAUGUUUCCUCUGUCUUGUAUUAAUGGACAACUCUGUCAAAGAUGAGCGUCACUUUGCACACUGACGUUGGGGACAUAAAGAUAGAAUUGUUCUGCGAGUUGUGCCCAAAAACGUGCGAGAACUUUCUUGCCCUGUGUGCUAGCAAUUACUAUGACAACUGCCUGUUUCAUAGAAAUAUAAAAGGUUUCAUCGUGCAAACUGGAGAUCCUACGCACACCGGCAAAGGUGGAACAUCAAUAUGGAAUCGCAAAUUUGAAGAUGAAUUUAAGGAAGAAUUGAAACACAACGCGAGAGGAUUGGUCUCCAUGGCCAAUAAUGGCCCAAAUAUGAAUGGGAGUCAGUUUUUCAUGACGUACGGUCCUCAGCCACACUUGGAUUUGAAGUACACUUUAUUUGGAAAGGUAAUAGAUGGUUUGGAAACUCUUGAACAAUUGGAGAAAUUGCCGGUAAAUCCUAAAAAUUACAGGCCUCUUACAGAAACUCGAAUAAAUAGUGUAACUAUACAUGCCAAUCCAUUAGCAGGAUAGAUGCAAAUGUAGGUAGAUGUAAAUAGGCAGUUCAAUCUUUUAAAAUCUCUUAAGCUUGCGAAUCAUGUUUAUUUGUGUAUCCUGGAAUGGUAUUUUAUAAAUAUAUUUCAGUAACAGAGA